AUUCGUUUCUGUUUGCGCUCUCUAAUGCGAUUUUUUACAUGAAUAGUAUUUUUGCCAGGGACGAAUGAAAUUUCGGAUUCGGUUAGUGAUGGAUCUCCAAUUAAUUAAUGGCUUGUAAUUCCAUUCGCCAAAAGAUAAAAUGAAAAAAUUUAUUUACAAAUUCGAAUCAAUGACUCUGACAUCAAUUUAAAGUGAUUAUAUGUUUAAUUAGGGAGUAAAAAACGAUCCAAUUUAGACGCCUAUAAAAUACGAUCCUUCAAGAAUGAUCUACCUUAGAAAUAAAUUACGAAGUCAAGGCCUAUUUGCCUCGAGAACAAUCUUUCUGAAUUUCGUCAAGGACUACAGAAUCCCAAUUUGUUUCUCCCACUUCUGUCAAUACGAAUUCAAUUAUUCAUUAUUUAUUUCUCGAAUAUUCGAUGACGUAUGCCUCAUAUUUUCAGGGGUUUUCAAAUGGCUUUCUAAAAACAGCGAAUUCUUUGAUGCUGAGUAACGGGGCACAACUAACUGGGUUCCACAAGAAUCGAUUCUCAGUGGUUGUUGUAACAGUUAAUCAUUGUCAAUUAUCUAUACAUAAAUAUUUCUAGUAGCAUGAUAAAUCCGUGAGAAAGGAAAAAACAGGGAAUUGUAGAAAACCGGAAAUUGAGGGUAUUCCGUAAUGAGAGUGGCUUAUCUGAUUCACUCAUCGAUGAUCCCUAAAGCCUCGAAACAAUGCUGACUUCAGGAAAAUGCGAGUCUCAAUGGGAGACAAACACGACAAUGAAAUAUUGAUCACUGUUAAAGCCAGGGAACGAACGAUCCUUCGAAACGUAUGAUCCAGUCGAAGGAAUACUUCGAAACUGUGCAGAGUCCUUCCUUCAUCUGUAUGGCAAAAAAAAUCAAAGUCUCAAAAAAAAAUUUUGGCACAGAAUUUCGUUAAAAUUCACUCCCACACGGUGAAACAUCAUGUCCAAGAUCCUCGUGUGUUUGACUCUCACUUUUACUUUCGUUGCCUGUGAUAAAGAUCUCAUGUUAGUCAAGGAUGACCAACUGACGUGGAUAUCGGAAGAAAAUUUCAUCACUUUGACGAAAAUCUCAUUCAGCGAUUCAAUAUGCACAAAUACUUAUUUCUCAGGUACUUCUCCGACAGUUGAACAUUUGUUGGGCAUAUUUUUAAGGAGUUAUCCUUUCGAGACGCUGAUAAACCGGAGAGAGUACGCUUGCACCGGUUACUUGAUGCUUCUAAGCGAUACGACGAACGUUACCAAGGUCAUGGAGAGCGUCCCAGUCCAAAUCUCAGACACCCAAAUAGUCUUCGUUAUCGACGACAAAGUUGAAGGUUCAACGGAACUCUUCAACGUGUCGAUGUACGAGCACGCGAACGUGAAUGUCGCGGCAAAAGAUGGCCUAUGGAUCCUUUCAGAAAAUCAUUUGGUCCCGAGGAUUUUCAAAAAAGUACCGACAUACGAGGGUUUCAAACGUAAGCAGGAAGUUUUAAAUUUCCAAGGCCGUCUGUUGCAAGUGGCAACCGAUUACAAUAAACCAUUGAGCUAUCUCAACACAACGACCAUAAGGACCGUGAAUGGUCAGAAGAAAGAGAUUUUUGUAGGCAAAAAAGGUGACCCGGAGUUUGAUGGAAUAGAAAUUAAAUUAUUUCAGAUGAUCGCAGAGCGACUGAAUUUCACGUACGCCAUAAGGAACCGCAACAGUCCAUACCGAUACGGAAGACAAAAUGCAACUGGAUGGUACGGUGGUAUUUUGGGCCAACUAAUUCAGAAGGAAGUGGACAUUGCAUUCAGCGGAAUUUGGCUCAAGCUGCCACAAUACGAGUUCACGAAUCUUACCAUCCCAUGGACCCAAGUCGACGUGCGAUUUUUAGUACCGAGGCCAAAAACUUACACCAGUUUCUGGGCCCUCACCAGACCACUUUCACCGGAAGUUUGGCUAGUUCUUUUCAUAAUGAUAUUGACCAUGACCGUAUACGUUUAUAUGAGAUCUUGGAUCAAUCCAAGAGUACACAAAAGAUAUCGAUCUUUCGCUUUCACGUGGUCAGUAUUAAUGGCACAAAUGCUCGGUUUGUCCGUCGUCCCAAAAUGGCAAGGUUUCAGACUGCAAUUUCAACUAUGGAACAUGAUCGGUGUCCACAUUGUUACUGCGUACUCGAGCAGCCUGGCUGCCAGGCUAUCAAGUUUGAAUUACGAGCCUCGCAUUGACACUACUCAACAAUUCAUCGAGUCGAACUUGACGUGGGGCAGAGAAGGUGAUCUCCCAACUUACAUCGGUUCACUGAAGCCCCAGAAUAAAUGGAACGCCCAACUCAACAGGCACUUUCGAAUCGAAAAUAACGAAGAAGAUCGACACAACAAAAUUUUGGGAGGAAAGUACGCAAUCCUUGGACGCGUCAUAAAUUUGAUCUUCUUCCCAGAAAGUGAGAUCAGAGACAAAGAUUUGGAAGCUUAUCGAGUGAUGGCGGAAUCCAUGGGCAGUUAUUACGUCUCUUUUGCCGUCCAGCCCUGGCUUCUGGCGCCCUGCAACCAGGUCCUGAGCAGGCUUCGAGAAAACGGUUUCAUCGAUUACCACAUUCGAGACGUCAUUGCCAGACGUACUGGAGCUGUUUACCGCGAGGUCUUCCUCGAACACGAUGUCCUGGGGCCCGGACUCCGAGUCCUGGGGCUCAAACCACUCGCCGCUGCGUUUACUGUCCUCGCCAUCGGACUCUUCAUUUCUACGAUUGUCUUUUAUUUCGAGAUUAAGUCAGUCGAUAAGCAAAAAUUGAGGAUCAAUAAGCUGAUCGUUACUGAAAAACGAAGGACUCCUGUGAGCCCAAGGACUGCAUUCGUAAUGACAAAAUUGCCUGAAUUUCAAAAAUUCAAACAAUUGGAGGACCAUCGUUAGACUCGUUGUGCUCACGAAAACUGUUACGUGAGAAUGAGUUAUCAAGAACAAGUAUUUCGGGGAUUGAAACCAAAAUGAGUAAAAUCCAACUUCAUACUUAUAAAACAAGUUAACAAAAAGCUUCGUUUCAAAAUAAAAUUACAAAGUCGAGGCUUAUUUGCUUCUUUUAGAAUUUCGUCAAAGACUUCGGAAUUUCAGACCGUCACGCCUUUUAAUUGUUCGGUUUAUUUUACUAACUCCCAAAUACGAGCUCAAUUAUUAAUUAUUUAUUCCUCGAACAUUCUACUGUGUUUUGCUUGAUAUUUGAAGUGACUUUCGAAUGGCUUUCUAAGAACAGCGAAUUCUUGCUAUUUUUCAAAUAAAAAAUUCUAAUUAUGAAUUUAA